AUGACUGAGAGGUGCAGUCCCCCAGAAGAGUUGUCCUCCUUGCACACCAUCUUACUUUUCACAGUUGUAGGCAUCGAGUGCAUCAUUGGUAUCAUUGCGAAUGGGUUCAUUGUGGCUGUACAUGCAGCUGAAUGGAUUCAGAUUAAGGCAGUUUCCACAACUGGCAGGAUCCUGGUUUUCCUGGGUAUAUCCAGGCUAGUUCUCCAAGGCUUCAUGAUGCUAGAAAUUACCAUCCGCUCAACAUCUCCACAUUUUUAUAAUGAAGACAGUGUCUAUGAUACAUUCAGAGUAAGUUUCAUGUUCUUGAACUAUUAUAGCCUCUGGAUUUCUGCCUGGCUCAGUUUCUUCUACUUCGUGAAGACCGCUGACUUCUCCUGCUCCCUCUUCCUCAAGCUGAAGUGGAGAAUCACUGGGCUGAUGCCCUGGCUUCUGCGGCUGUCAGCGCUUACCUCCUUGGGCUAUAGUAUUCUCUUCUCCAAGGGCAUCUACACCAUUUACUGUAACAGUUCUGUGCCUGUCCCCUCCUCCAACGCCACUAAGAAACAAUACUUCACCGAGACCAAUAUGGUGAACCUGGCUCUGCUCUAUAACCUGGGGAUCUUCAUCCCUCUCAUCAUGUUCAUCCUGACAGCCACCCUGCUCAUCCUCUCUCUCAAGAGACACACUCUACGCAUGGAAAGCAACGCCACAGGCUCCGGGGACCCCAGCAUGGAGGCCCACGUGAGGGCCAUCAGAGCUACCAGCUACUUUCUCAUUCUCUACACUGUCAACGCAGUUGCUGCUUUUCUCUAUAUGUCCAACAUCUUUGAUGACAGCAGCUCCUGGAAUAGUCUGUGCAAAGUCGUCAUGGCUGCCUACCCAGCUGGCCACUCGGUGCUGCUGAUUUUGGACAACCCUGGGCUGAGAAGAGCCUGGAGGCGGCUGCAGUCUCGAGUUGAUCUCCACCUAAAAAAGUAA